AUGACCUUAGAAGAAGUUGCGAUGACGUACCUAUCCGAAUUGAUUAACAGAAGCUUGGUUCAAGUAUCAGUGAUUGAUUCUAUUGGCGAUGUCAGAAACUGCCAGCUCCAUUAUUUGAUGCGCGAAGUUGUUGUUUCCAAGUCCAAAGAACUGAGUUUCAUUCAAACAUGUCCAGAAAAUUUGUCCAACCAUGAUCAUGUAGCUCGACAUCUUUCCAUCUGCAACAAAUCAAACAAUUUCCCAAUGGUUGUUGGUAAUUAUCAAACUCAUUCAGCAAUUUUCUUUGACAUAGAAGAGUUACCUAAAUCUUUCUGCUUCUUACAGUUCACAAAGUCCAAAUUGUUGAAAGAACUGGACUUUGAAGGGGCCCCAUUGACUUAUAUUCCAGAGGAACUGGGAAAUCUGUUCAAUUUGAAAUACUUGAGCAUAAGGGACACAAAGGUGAAAAAGCUCCCAAGAUCUUUAGCUUACUACAAAGAUAAACAAAGCAUCUACAGUAUCAAUAGUCGAAGAGGGAGGAAGUUAUAUUCCAACUUUGGGAGCUUAGAGUCCUUAGAAAAGCUGUAUGAGGUGGACUUGGAGGCCUACAGUGGUGGUAACUUCUUUCACGAGUUAGCAAGAUUGAAGCAGUUGAGAAAACUAUGCAUCACUAAACUAAAAUCAGAAAGUGGGAAUGCUUUAUGUGAUGCAAUACAGCAGAUGAUCCACCUUCGGUCAUUGAGAAUUUCUUCUAUAAAAGAGGAAGAGCUUCUUCACCUACAUACAAUCUCAUCCCCUCCAGUUUUUCUCUGUUGCCUCAGGCUACGAGGAAGAUUAAUGAAGUUACCUGGUUGGAUUUAUGAACUGAGGAACCUUACAAAACUUACCUUAGAAUGGUCAAGAAUAUCAGAUGAUUCACUUCAAAUCCUUGGUGUUCUACCAAAUUUACUCUUCUUUUGGAUUUUUGAGGGAUACAGUGGAGCUCAACUGCAUUUUCACAAGAAUCACUUUAAGAAACUCAAGGACUUGAGGCUUUGCUGGUUAAAUGAUUUAAAGAGACUGAUAAUAGAUGAAGGAUCAUUAACACUUGUAGAACAUCUAGAACUUGGACCUAGCCCCCAAUUCGAGGAGUUGCCUGCUACCAUUUCUCAUCUAAAAUGUCUGAAGACCAUUUAA